AUGGGAACGUUUCUUGCUGCAUCUCAUACCCUUCUCCGGCCAAGCCGAAAAGGCUACUGCAACAAACUUCUUCUGGAUAUAAAUGCACAAUUGUGGUACAUCAUCAGGGAAUAUAUCACAAUCUCUGAGAAGCGCGGAAUGGACUCUGCAGAUCUUAUAUCCUUUCUUCUGGAGCUAGGUUUUCAUGAGACUGGAAAGGCAUACAGUUUGAGCACAUUAAGUAAUGUACAACAGGCUAUCAUCAGGGAUCUAGCUGAUUUGGGAUUGGUGAAACUACAAAAAGAAAUGAAGAUGAAGAAGGAAACUUUGUACUACAUUCCCACAAAGUUAGCUAGUAAUCUGCAAUCCAUUAGUACUACUACUUUAUCAGAUACAUCUUCAAGAAAGCAGGGAUUUCUUCUUACAGAGCAGAACGUGCACCCUCAUGUUGCUCAGAGAAUACCUUCUGUUCCUGAGAAUGUUACUAAUCUAAUCAGGCUGUGGGAAUCAUAUCCCAAUAGGGUUCAGACUACUAAUCCUCCUCCUAUUUAUUGUUUGGAGAAGAAAGCAUCAUUAGUAUAA